GGCUGCAUCAGUUCUAACUCUACAGGAACCCUGUGGCUCUUUAUCUCAUUGAUCAUAGUUCUCAGCACCAAGUAAUUUAGUCUCCAGCUUCACAAGUACUAAAUUCACAACAAAGACUCUAACCAAGCUAACUUACCUAUUUAUUCUUCUGAGUGCACUUUGGGUCAGUCAUGUGCACACAUUCAUCUGUCAGUUAAGGCUAAAGAGUAAGGCUCCAUGGGAGUGAGACCCUAAGGACCCUUACUAAAAAAAGAAUAAAAAUAAAAUAUAGAUGAAAGAAAUAGUAAAAAAGGAAAUCACCUGGUGAAAGGAGUAUGUAUGUAUUUUUUACACUAUCAAGAUAAGAUGCGACACUUGGUGGCUGCACUGUCACAGGUCAACUCUCCGCUCCACUCUUGCCUAGCUCCGCUCUCCUCUGCAACCAUGUCUGAUAAACCCGAUAUGGCUGAGAUUGAGAAAUUCGAUACGUCAAAAUGGAAGAAGACAGAAACGCAAGAGAAAAACCCCCUGCCUUCAAAAGAAACGAUUGAACAGGAGAAGCAAACUGGUGAAUCGUAAUGAGGCAGGCGACCCCAAUAUGCACACUGUACAUUCCACAAGCAUUGCCUUCUUAUUUUACUUCUUUUAGCUGUUUAACUUUGUAAGCUGCAAAGAGGUUGCAUCAAGUUUAAAUGACUGUGCUGCCCCUUUUCACGGCCAAGAACUACUGACAACGAUGGCCAAGCCUGCCUCUCCCACCCCUUGGCUGGCAGGGAAGGGAAAGAACUUGCAUGUUGGUGGAGGUGGAAGCUGGGUGGGAGACUGUGAAAUCUAGAGU